UCGGUUAGUAGAAGAAUUGCAAUUAAAAUUAUAUUUCUCGGUGAGACCACGUCAACAAUUAGUGGCGCACCUGCUGUCGGCUGCUCGUGAUAGUAAAGUAAGAGAGGGUUGUGAAAAUGGAAACGCGAAGAGAAGAAGAAGAAGGUUCUGUUCCACGACUGAAAAAUCCUUACUCUCGCAUACACCGAUCCUGCACUGCCACGUACGAGAAAAUUAUUGUAGAACGAUCAUGAUCAUAGGAACAAAUUAAAAUUAUCGUAAAUGACCAGCCACUCUACUUUUGACGACAACCUGUCCACAACUUGUUAACGAAUCGCACACACGACUUGAUCGUUCUUUGAAAUUAAACCCAUUUACACCGCGAUACUAACUUGUUUUGACCAACGAACCGAAUAAAACCAAACGAAAAUACUAACGACAGCCUUCUGUUCUUCAAAGUAGUUUUUGCUCCGUGAUUUGAAGCCUGGAUUUAUCCAAGAACCUUUUCAACAAGUUUGUUCAACGACUCGAUUUCAUCGUAUUUUCAUCUCUAAAAACCCAACACCAAACAAAAUGGUUGCCUUCUCCAAGUUUGCUGUCGGCGCUUCCGCCGCUGUCCUCGCCACUUUCGUCCGGGCUGAGAUCAGCACUCCUGCCGCCACGGGUAAGUACUAUAAUAAUGCUGCUUCUCUCUUCAUCACAGAUGAAAUCAGCUGUUAAUAUGCUGCGUUGCGCACGACCAGCAUGUUGUUGCAACAAAUUGUAGUUGAGUUGAUUAUUCAGAAAACUUAUUUUCCUGCUUUUGCUUUUGAUGUCUUGCAAGAUAAAGAGGAGCAGCACUCGCACUGCAGGAUCGCAUGGCUACAGAAAGCAUGAUCUACCGAUGCAAUUUCGCAUGCCAAAAAAACACCAGACGUCGACGCGGCCCUGCGCACUGAGGUUGAUGCGGAGUUGAAGGAGGCUGUGGCGGCCGAAACAUCGACCGAAACCACGACAACCACCCCUCAGGAUGCUGAACAGGCUGAAGUCGCUACUUCUGAGGAACAGGCUGAAGCUGCCGCAACUACUCAGGAAAAGGAGGAGGAACCCAAGGCCGCAGUAGAGAAGUCCGAGGAUGAGGAACUGGAUGACAUGGAUAGCGAGCCAGCACCGCCCUCUGCCGAAGAACUCACCGAAAUCAAGGAUCUCCUGAAGAGACUGGUAUAUAGAUUUCAGGCUUUUCUACUAAGGUAAAAAACUAAUAAUUGACGGAGAGCGAAGUAGUUCCCCACCAGCUGCAUGGCUGCAUGGAAAUUAUAGCCACUCUACUGGUCAAGCUCAUCUUCUACUUUCGUUAUACUGAAUGAAUUCCUACUUAUACAGUUGGCCGGCGAGCAGGUUGAGGGUGCCGAGGAGAAGCUGGACAAGGUUCUUGCCACUCUUCCCCCGGAGACUCUGACCGAGAUCUUCCAGGAAGUUUUUCCGGCGGACAUGAUGUCGCAGCUCCAGGGCGAGAUGGGCGGCGAGGAAGGCGAGAUGCCCGAGGAAGACCCGCUGGCGGAGAUGGACGACGAGGCCGCCGCCGCCAUGGAUGAGGAGGACGAGGCUACCGUCUCCGAGGAGCUGGAGUCCGGCGUUCCGGAGGUUGUCUCCGAGGACGCCGCCGCGCCGGCCGAAGGCGAGGCCGAGGCGGAGGCUGCCGCUCCCGAAGCUGCCGCUCCGGAAGCCGAAGCCGCGCCGGCUGACGCUGAUUUGUAAAAGAACAACUCUUCGGCUUCGGAAGCUUUGACGUUUUUUUCAUCAACAUAAGCUAAACGACGCGCGGCUGAGACACUUCAACAUCCCGGAGUCUUUCACUAAUCUUGCGAACAGUUUCGCAGACGAUUUUGGAACGGCGAGAAAGAUGGAGCAAACCGCCGGCGCUUGUAUAAUUGAUGACCCUAAAAAACAAAAACCUCCUCAUUAACUAUAAUACACUUCCAUGUCUCGUCUUUCAGUGCCAUGAUCAUUUUCGUGCUUCUGCUUACUUCUAACAAGUAUGUCAAUCGGUCUAUGCUGCGUGGGAGAUCGUUCUAAACGAGCUCAACGCACGCUAGUCGUAUUCUUCUCAUUUUUAUUCGUGAUGAACAACAACAACGAAUGGCUUCAUUUGAAAACAACGCUUCAAGAACAUCUGCAAAAACGGCUGCAACCAGGAACACCGGAGGCUUCUCUUUUUACCAUAUUGACAGCAUCUUUUUUUCGCAAAGAAGUGCAUCGAGCUCACGAACUUCGUUUUUGCUAGGCCCGCCCCAUUGACAUUGAUUCUUCAGGAUAUGUCGCGACAAACCCCGCAGUUUGAGCAUAUAUUCACCAUAGUUCGUUGUGGUAUUGUGUUAUUCGUGAUGAAAAUUUAGUAGCCCUUGUACAAUCCAUGUCAGCUUCACUUUCAUGAAAUUUUGCGACUAGUAAGUACCUACCUCAAUAUUUUCAACAUGGAUGCGACAGCUAUGAUUCUCUUUGUCAGCGACCAUCACAUAGAUCUGCACAUUUUCACUGGCAUAAACUAGUGACAAGUCCGCGUUAACGCAAACUUCUAGUUUAUCUGCGUCGAACAUCGAGCAAGUGCGGCUGAACCUGGUAGGUAGUUUACUACAUUUUAUUCACAUAUUGACACAGACCCUACUUCAUUUAUCAUGUCAGUCCAUUGGUGCAAGUGGAAAGCGAAAUGGAAAGCAGCAGCUCCAAAAACCUUUUUUCUACUUAUGUUUGCGAAAAGAAGAAAAAUCUAUCGAAACAGAGGGCGAAUGACUCUCCUGUCUUCUUGACACCUCUUUGGUCGCGGACCUCAGAGGCUCUGAGUAGAAAGCCCCUUUUUACGGAAGUAUGUCAUUCAUCCCCCUC